AUGUCAGCGGAAUCAAGCCCGGCCAACAGCAUCAACGGCGGCAAGGGAACAAACAACCGUGGCAAGCUGCCUAGACCCAAGUCGAUCCGGCGCUGGAAGCGGUCUGCCCAAAAAGAGCCGACCGACGACGAGACAAAUCGAUCGCGAGGGCGCACUGCCCUGAGCCAGCAGACCACAGCCACUGGCGACGACAGCCUGCUCAACAUGGUUGACGAGGAGGACGCCAGCGGGCGAUCCGACGACGAUCUGCUCCCGUCGCGCCCCGAGGGCCUCUCAACCCACCCGUCCCAGAUUGGCUACCUCACAACGUCAUCACCACUAGUCCAGGCCAACCAUCUCCAAGACAUCCGCACUCCAGACGACGACGCAGAAGACCCUUUUGCGCGUGCAUCAACGCUCCCACCGGAAAACACCGACUCCGACACGCUGGGUUACAAGCUUCCUUUGUCCUCAAGCAAGACGGGCUUGGCGCCGCCAUCGUCCAAAAGCCGCCGGUCCACGUCACCGGCUGGCCGUUUUCGCAGUGUAUUCAAGUCCAAAAAGAGCCCGGCCGCGAGCAUCGCCAGCACCGACAGCCACAGCCCUGAGCGACAGCGACCUGUCGAUCUCAUUCGAGCGGACACGGCCGAAGAAAGCAGCAAGAGCUCCAACUCACCCGCCUCUAGUUUGCAAACCACGUCCUUCCCCUCCAUUACCGUUACCGACGGCUCGACAUCCGCGACACCACCCUCCUCCUCCCACGGUGUGGCCGGCGCAUCUCAGCACCAACCCGGUACCUCCAAGACCGCUCCCAACGAGCGGUUCCGGCGUGUCUCCCGUGGUCAAAAGGUUGACACGGCGGCCCGCCCCGAAACACCGCCGUCCGACGAGAAAGCCACUCCGGUCAUUGUCAACACGCCCCCGACGCCGACUGACCCAAGCCAUCCGAACACCAUUGCUCGCCCUCGGACGGCUGUCACUGCGUCCCCUGACGCAGUCAGCUACAGCCCGGUCGGCCACUCCAACGGGUCCUCGCCUGCGUCCGUCAAUCAUAGUAUAAUUGCGCAGAGACGAAGCCGUGCCGGAUCCGCUUCUCUAGUACCAAGCAAACUCUCCAACUUCACCCUCGCUCCCCUCACGCCCACGCCCGAAAGCGGUGCUGUAACUCCCUCUGCCAGCGGCUUCUUCUCGUCCGUCCUCUCUGCUGCGCAAAACGCCACAAAUAGUCUGAGCAACGCGACCAACAGCCUUGGCAGCACCAUUGCCAGCACCAGUCUCACAGCCCCCUGGAGCAACAGCAGCAAGAAGACCGGUGGCAAAGACCAGGACGACAAAACCGGGUCGAGCCUCACUGUUUCUACAGAAGGCACCGGGGAGGACCACGACGACGAGGUUGAAGUCGAGUCGCUCGGCGCGCCGCUUGUUCCCUCCGUAUCAUCGAGCUCCAAAGAACCAGCCGUCAAAACACUUGGCAUGGGUGAUUUGAGCCUGAGCCAACUGGGCAUCGCUGAACAACCCAAGAACAACGGCAGUUUGGGCGGCAGCUCGGCCGCCAACUCCGCCAACAUCUCUGCCAUGGCCAACUCACCGAUCCUACAUGCACAGAGGGUCUCUGAAGUGUCGUCCGAGUCCAGGCACCGGUCCGAGUCUGCGCCAGCGGACAGCUCUCAUUUCCAUGCGCCGUCCGACUACACAGACCACGGCAGUGAUGCGGGCCAUAGCGGCCGGCCCGGAUCCGUUUCGGACUUCGCACACGACGACCGCACACCACCGACGGCCAGCCUGUACGGUGACAAGGAGCCAAAGGAACCAGCAGCUGUCCAGCGUACCGGGAGCAUAAGAAGUGCGAUUGGGCGCCGGAGAAACCGCGGCAGCUCCGCCGUGUCGGGCGGUACCAUUGCUGCCGCGAUUGCCGCCGCCAAUGCGUCGGUCGCGCACCCGGCCCAUGCCGGCAGCACGCCGAAGCUCACAGGAUUUGCUGUUGCCAGUAAGAAGCGCAACCGGGACUUCCACAACUUCUUCAAGAGCGUGCCAGAUGACGACUAUCUCAUCGAGGACUACAGUUGCGCGUUGCAGCGCGAGAUCCUGGCGCAUGGUCGUCUGUAUGUGUCCGAGGGCCAUCUCUGCUUCAGCAGCAACAUUCUCGGCUGGGUGACGACACUCGUCAUGAGCUUCGACGAGAUCGUGUCGGUCGAGAAACGCAGCACGGCCCUCGUCUUCAAGAAUGGCCUGAUGAUUUCGACUCUGCACGCAAAGCACAUCUUUGCCAGUUUCGCGAGCCGUGACUCCACGUACGACCUGAUUGUGAAGAUCUGGAAGCUUGGCCACCCCAGCCUCCAGAGCUCACUCAAUGGUGUGCGCAUCGACGAGACCGGCGGCGACAAGACCGAGAAGAUUGACGAAGGCGACGAGGGUGCCUCUGCGGGCAGCCGCAGCGAGUCGGAUUCGGGCGACGACAGCGACGACGACUCAAAUGACGUGUAUGACGAAGACGCCGAAGACGACGACGCACACGAUGUGGCACAGGCCGCCGAGGCGAAUGGCGGGGCGGCGGAUGCCGAUGCCGAGCGCACAGUGGCGCGCAAGGUGUCGGGCGCAGCAUCCGCCGCCGCCGCGAAUGGAGCAGGGGGCGACAAGCCCAAAGAUGCACCUGCGGCAGCGGGCGGCGCCGAUUACCCUGGCCCGACGACGCACGCAGCGACCGACUGCGGCAACGCCGACGCCCACUACGACAAGGGUCUCAUUGACGAAGUCAUCCCUGCGCCGCUGGGCAAGGUGUUCAGCUACAUCUUCGGCGGCGCAUCAGCGACGUUUAUGCCCAAGUGGCUCAGCAACGACCAGAAGUGCUUCGACAUCCAGAUGCAGGACAAGAAGGGCCUCGGCGCGGACAACAAGUCGCGGACGUUCUCGUACAUCAAGCCGCUGAAUGCGUCCAUCGGCCCAAAGCAGACCAAGUGCAUUGUCACGGAGCAGGUCGAGUCGCUCGACUUUGACAAGGCGAUCCACAUUGUGUGCUCAACACAGAACCCAGAUGUGCCGAGCGGCAACGUAUUCACGGUCAAGACCAACUACUGCUUGUCGUGGGCGGAGGGCAACGGCACGCGGAUGCAGAUGACGUGCACGACGGAGUGGUCGGGCAAGAGCUGGCUCAAGGUGCCGAUUGAGAAGGCUGCCAACGAAGGCCAGGCCCAGUACGGCCGCGACUUGCUUGCAGGCCUUAAGGAGGCGGUGGCGACGCGGUCACGCGCGGGCACGGCCACGAACGGCGCGGCGAACGGCGCCAAGGGCGGCAAAGCCGGCAAGAAGGGCCGCAAGGGCAAGGCGGGCGCGCUGGCCUCGGGACCGACGAGCGACUCGGAGCGCAGCAAGCCCAAGCCGUCGGCCAAGUCGGACUGGGGCGUGCUGGAGCCGGUGCACGGGAUCCUGGGCCCGGCGGUGGACAUUGUGAAGCCGCUGCUGACGGGCAACGUCAUGUACGGCCUGCUGGUCGGGCUGUUGGUGGCCUCGUGGUUCCGGUUCGGGUCGAACGGCAACAACGGCGGCGGAGUCGGCGGCGGCGCCUUGCGCCGCGGUGCCGGCUACCCCGACCGGCUGGUGGCGUACGAAGAAAUGUGGCAGCGCGAGGAGAGCGAGCUCUGGGACUGGCUGGAGGAGCGGGUGGGGCUCGACCGGCUCAUGGACAACGGAGGCGUGGUCAGUGGGGCGGCAGUCGGCCAUGGUGGCGGCGGCGGCCGUGGAGGUAGCGGCAAGGUUGGCGACGCAGCUCGCAAGCGGGCCGUGGAGCCGCGGACGGUCGAGGAGAAGCUGCGCGAAGAACGGAUGGACGACCGCGAGAUUCGCGAGGCGAUCCGCGUGACAGAGGAGAAGCUGCAGGUGCUGAAGGAGGUGGUGGACAAGCGGGAGAAGAUGUCCGAAUGA